AUGGAGGCGCUGCUGACCCCCGUGGCGGCCAGGCGAGGACGGCGAAGCCAGGCCACGCCGGGCAAGCGAACUCCACUGUCGACGCCGCAGUCCGCCCUGACGCCCAACGACGAUGCGGCAGAGAAGGCCAAGGCCAGGAAGCACAGGCAGGCGGAGCGCAUGCGCAAGUCCCUGGCCGGCGAGUUCGGCGGGCCCGCCGCGAGCGGCGGCGCCGGGGAGGGGCCGGCGCUGCGGCUGUCCGAGUCAGAGCUGCGCACCAUGCUGGACCUUGCCCUCAAGCUUGCGGCAGAGAAUAAGAUCAACGACCGUAACAUGUGGUCGCUGCCGCUGAUCGACCACCUGCCGGACAUGGUGCAGCGCGCGGCGCCCGACCCCGCCACGGGCGGCGCCGGGGAGGGCGGCGCGGGCGGCAACUACUUCUCGCGCAUCAGCGGGGGUCUGGACGCGGGCGUGCAGAUCUACGCGCGGCGGGUGGACGCGACGUGGAAGCAGACGCUGCUGACGCUGCGCGGGGCGCCGCAGGUGGACGGCAAGGAAGGCGACUCCCAGGACCCGGAGGGCAGCCAGGACGCGGGCGCAGCGGGCGCCGACGCCAAGCGCCGCCGCCGCGGCGGGGCCGAGCCGCGGGAGGACGACACGCUAGCUGAGGCGCGGCAGCUUUGCAGGAAGCAGGAGGACAGCAGCUUUGCCGUGGACCCGCUGUGCCACCACAUGAGCCAGAUCUUCGACGAGGACGGCGCCCAGGGCAUGCUGCUGCUCAACCGCGGCGUGUACAGCGGCAGCACCAUCAUGUUUGAGUCUGGGGGCGUCCCAGAGGACCACUUCCCGCUGGCGCCCGUGGCGGCCGCGCAGCAGGAGCAGGAGGCGGCGGUUGACCUGACACUGCUGAGGCCGCUGCUGCAGCAGCUGCAGGAGCAGCAGCGCGGCGCGCCGCCCCCAGGCUCCUGCGCCGCCAUCGCGCCGGCCAUGCGCGGUCUGCACGCGCUGCUGGCUGGUCAAGGGCUGGAGCCGCAAGCUGACGAGGCGGAGGUGGAGGCGGAUGUCGCAGCCAUCAUGGCGGCCGUUGAGGGCGACUGUGCGCGCUUCGCUGCAGCCUGCCGGCCGCGCGCUGCGGCCCUCGCCCGCGGUGCCUCGGCUGGAGCACGCCCCGGCGCGAGCGGCGCGGAGGGCGCGCGGACAACUCCUUGCGCCGCCACCGGCGACGGCGCAGAGGACGACUGCAUGGCUGACUCAGCGGCAGGUCCAGGCAGUGGCGACGCUGACAUGGCCGACCAAGGCGCUGUCGGGGCGGCCGGCUGGAACGGGGAUGCCAGGGAGGCGGAGGAUGCUGACAGCAUGGAUGCCGCGGAUGCUGUGGAGGGCGCGGCGCGGCGCGCGGCGGAACGCGCAGAGGCGGAGGAGGGGGCGCGCCUGGCCGAGCAGUACACGCAGUGCGACGACGACGGCGGCGCGUACGACGACGGUGGCGGCGACGCGUGGGGCGGCGGCGGCGACGACGGGGAUAGCGACGGCGAGGUCGGCAGGAGCGAGGGGCCAGAGGGCGCGGGCGCGGGCGCGGGCGCGGCAGAGGAGCACGCGUUGGCCGGGCUGGGGGCUGUCAUGGGGGAGGACUCGCUGCAGUGGCUGCUGGGUGCGGAGCGCGGCGGCGGCAGCGGCGUCAUGCGCGGCGCGGGCUGGGCGGGCAGCAGCUACUGGCGGUUCCAGCGCGCGCCGGGCGCGGCGCAGGCGGGGGGCGUUGCCGCGCGCAAAGCGGCCGACGGCGGCGCAAAGGGCAAACGCGGCAAGAGUGGUUAG